AUGCAAGUGGAAUGCUCGCACUGUGGACCGAAACACUGCGACGACCUUGCAAGCUGCGAUGGCGACAGAAACGCUACUUCUGGUUGUGGCAAUCACUGCGGCAACUACUGUUCCGACUACAAAGAAGUCAACAAGACCUGUUUGACUGGUUGUAGAGGCAACAGCUGCGACUGUAAACCUGGAUACGUGUAUCAUGACACUCUGUUGAUCUGUGUUCUACCAACAGAUUGCUACCUAUUGUCCCGACGUUUCACAACUUUAGUGAGUUACAAAUCGAUGCCUCCAUCUGGUUCUGGGAAGAAGGGUCCUGACAGUGUGACAACCAAGCGAUCUUUAUUAGAUAGCAAUGCCGACAUUUUUUUCUAA